AUGGCUUCUCACACAUACGAUGCCCUUGUAGUUGGUUCUGGAGUGUCCGGCAUCAACGCGGCGUACCGCAUUCGAGAAGCAUUUCCCGAAUGCGAUUUUGCCAUUCUUGAGGGGAGGAAAGACAUUGGCGGCACUUGGUCGCUGUUCAAGUAUCCGGGGAUUCGCUCGGAUUCGGAUCUCUUCACCUUUGGGUUCCCAUGGGACCCCUGGGACUCGGAUGACGCUAUAGCCACUGCACCGGCGAUUCUGUCAUAUCUCAGGAAAGUUGUGUCUCGGCAUGGGUUUGAUAAGAAUAUCAAGCUCCAACAUAAGGUUCUGAGCAUGAAUUGGAAGACGGUGGAUCAGAGAUGGGAAGUGCAAGUGCGAGUUGGCAAAUCUGAGAAGACAACGACAAUGUAUACAAAGUUCCUUGCCAUGGGAACGGGAUACUACGAUUAUACCCAGGGUCUCAACACUGCCAUCAACGGUAUCGACAAGUUCCAGGGAACCGUUGUCCAUCCUCAGUUCUGGCCCGAGAAUCUUGACUAUGCCGACAAGGAGGUGGUCAUCGUGGGCAGUGGCGCUACUGCCGUGACGAUGCUACCUGCUAUGGCUGAAAAGGUUUCUCGCAUUACCAUGCUGCAGCGCAGUCCCGGUUAUUUUGUCGCUCUACCCCAGAAGGAUUCUGUGGCCACAUUCAUCCGACGAUUCCUGCCCUCAGCGUGGGCAGGCUGGUUAUUGCGUCUGAAGUUCCUGUUCGCGUUUCAUACCUUUUAUUACUGGUGCAUGUUGUUCCCUACGACAGCUCGAAAACAGUUGACGGCUGCUGUAGGCAAAGAGAUCCCAAAAAGCCUUCAGCUCGACCCCCAUUUCUUGCCAUCUUACUCACCUUGGGAGCAACGGCUAUGUGUCACGCCGGGCGGCGACUUCUUCCAGGCUCUCCGGAGCAAUAAAGCGACGGUGGUUACUGGCCAUAUCGAGGCAGUCACCGCAGAUGGAAUCGAAUUGACGUCAGGCCAGAAACUUCCUGCGGAUAUCAUCAUUACUGCCACCGGCUUGAAAUUUCAAAUGUUUGGUGGAGCACUGCUGAGCAUUGAUAAUCAGCAGGUAAGCCCAGGAGAGAGGUUCUUGUGGCGAGGCUGCAUGCUUGAGGGUGUACCCAAUCUGGCUCUCUAUAUGGGAUAUACGAACGCUUCCUGGACUCUUGGUUCGGAUGUUGCCGCGCGAUUGAUUGCCCGUAUCAUGAGGCAGAUCAAGGCACGGGGUGCACAGUCAGUCGCACCUUCCGUGGAUCCAAAGCUUGGUCCAAUUGAGGAAGCUCCUCUGUUGGGUCUUAAAUCUAAUUACAUCAAGAUUGCCAUGUCUGAGCGGCGGGUACCCAAAUGUGGAACUGCGGCGCCGUGGCAGCCCCGGAAGAGCUAUUUCCUGGAUUCAUGGUUUGCAAAAUUUGGAAGUCUCAAGGGACUAACAUUCAGAUCUUGA